GUGGCCACGUGUCAGCGUCAGCUGAUUGCGGAUCGUCUCUCUGCGGCUCCUCCAGGCGGAUUUGUGUUGUUGUUCUGCAGCCUCGGACCCCGGACCUCCGUCUCCCCCCUCCCCGGCCCCGGCUCGCUGUUCCCGGCGGAAGCGGCUCCGCAGCGGCCCCGCUCAUGGCGACUCCCGGCCCCAACCACAACCAGAACCAGAACCAGAACCAGCCGCAACACGUGACGAGCAUGAGCAGCCUGCAGGAGUCCAACACCUGCUGGAGAUGUCAGACUGAAACAGGGUUUCAGAUAAACCUGUCUGGCGCCCCCCCAAGCAAACGCAAAGCCCUGAAGCUGAACUUCGCCAACCCUUCGAUCAAGCCCAGCACGCGGUUCUCGCUGAACACGGCCGGGCCGCCGUUCCAGAACCCACACAUAGAGCGGCUGCGGACGCACAGCAUCGAGUCGUCGGGGAAGCUGAAGAUUUCCCCGGAGCAGCACUGGGACUUCACGGCCGAGGACCUCAAGGACCUGGGGGAGAUCGGGCGCGGCGCCUACGGCUCCGUCAACAAGAUGGUGCACAAGCCCAGCAACCAGAUCAUGGCGGUGAAGAGGAUCCGGUCCACGGUGGACGAGAAGGAGCAGAAGCAGCUGCUGAUGGACCUGGACGUGGUGAUGCGCAGCAGCGACUGUCCCUACAUCGUGCAGUUCUACGGCGCCCUGUUCCGCGAGGGCGACUGCUGGAUCUGCAUGGAGCUCAUGGCUACCUCGCUAGACAAGUUCUACAAGUUCGUGUACGGCUCGUUAGACGACGUGAUUCCCGAGGAAAUCUUAGGAAAAAUCACUUUAGCUACUGUGAAGGCACUAAACCACUUAAAAGAAAACUUGAAGAUCAUCCACAGAGACAUCAAGCCGUCCAACAUCCUCCUGGACCGGAAUGGAAACAUAAAGCUUUGUGACUUCGGCAUCAGCGGUCAGCUGGUCGACUCCAUCGCCAAGACCCGGGACGCCGGCUGCAGGCCGUACAUGGCGCCGGAGAGGAUAGAUCCCAGCGCGUCUCGGCAAGGCUACGACGUCCGCUCCGACGUCUGGAGUUUGGGCAUCACACUGUACGAGCUGGCCACCGGCCGGUUCCCCUACCCCAAGUGGAACAGCGUGUUCGACCAGCUGACCCAGGUGGUGCGGGGCGACCCGCCGCAGCUCAGCAACUCCGAGGAGCGGCGCUUCUCCCCCAAGUUCAUCUCGUUUGUCAACGUGUGCCUUACAAAGGACGAAUCGAAGAGGCCAAAGUACAAAGAGCUGCUGAGAGACCCGUUCAUCCAGAUGUACGAGGAGCGCUCGGUGGACGUCGCCACCUACGUCUGCAGGAUCAUGGAUCAGAUGCCGGCGUCUCCCAGCUCCCCCAUGUACAUGGACUGACGGCAGGACAAACGCACACACACCAAUCUGCUGCAAGAAAAAAGAAAACAAAAAAAGAAGUCAUCAAGACGACCCCCUCGUGUAAAUCAGCCUGAUCCCCUCACCGCAUCGUAAAGCAAACCGACAAAGAAACGCAUCACCGGCGGCCCCAGCGCCGCUCAUCUCACUCUGUAUGAUAUAUAUAUAUAUAUUAAACACACUUCUGUUUCUCUACAUGUUCACAAACCCACAGCAGCUCAAAUCAAUCAGUCCCGGCUCGUACCGAUCGGAGACGCAUCACGGUGAUUAGAAACAUCCAUUUAAAAGCAGAAUAACCUCAAACUCGUGUUUCUAGAGCCAGAACCAUGUGUUUUGAUCUGGAGACUUGGACAUACUGGAAACAUCCUCUCUGUGAAUCGUUCCACCUCUUCCAUGUGCGUGAAAUCAAAGCAUCGUAUUUGGUAUGUUAGUGCUUCUCUGGGUGUAAAGCAGUUUUAAAGUGUUGGAGGAAGUGUCGGUGCUGGCGAAUGAAUAAAGACGGAAAAAGAGAA